AUGGUCAUCGGCUUACUCACCAUCGCCGCCAUCCCCACAGUCAUCGGCACUGGGCAGGCCGUCAGCGCGCAGAAGAAGCAGAAUGCCGCUGCCAAAGAGCAGGCCAAGUUCAGCCUCACGGCGACCAUGACCAUCGACGGCAAGCGGGAAGAAGCGCCCUGCGUCCUCGUCGACAACAAGGCAAGUUUGUCCUCGCUUUUUGCAACCCUCUUGCGUGUCAUCUCGUCAAUCAUCUGCAAGCUCUGGAUAAACCACAGCAUGGCUCCAGCACCGGGACACAAGUUUUCAGGGUACUACUUCAAUUAUCCCUCCGAAGAGAACUACCGCGGGCUGGUAUCAACCAUCUCGGAUGAUCCGCCGAUGCUGAACUGGAUCUACGUCGACGCCGAUACCCGAGCCGUCCGGCACGGAGGUCGUAAAGACACAAUCGGCCACGUCAUAGGACCCUGGGGCUGGACUGAAGAUGAGAGGCAUCUGAUGCUGAGAGGCAGUGGGAUGGGAUUUGUGGCUGCCCUCGAGGACGACGGCAGAUGGGCGGUGUAUUGGGAUCCGGACGGGAGGCUACGGCAAGGGUACGAGCCGGAUGAGUGUAUAGAGAUUGUCCUGCGGCGGCAGAUGGCGCUAGGCAUUGAGAGCGCAUAUGUUCGAGAUUGA